AGUCAGCGAAGCGGUGAGACGCGAGAACGCAAGGCAGCCGCUAGCCGUGAGCCCGAGAGGCGCUGCUUGGCGUUUCAGUUGCUUAACAGCUGUUAGACACCGCGAACGUGUUUCCGAACGCAAACGGCCCGGCUCGCUAUUGACACAUUUGUUUGACAGAAAUGUCAUUUUACUUUUAAUUUUUGGGUUAACUACAUAAACAGAACAUCGUUUAUGUGCAAAAUUCUGUGUAAAUUUGUUUUAUGUGACUGUAUUUGGCAAUAUUAAUAAAUCUAACGGUGUGAUUGUUUCGGUUCAUAAACAGUGACGAUAUAAAUUGUUUACUACUGAGUGUCUAACGUACUUUUGAUAGUUUCAUCAAUUUGGUGAAAAUAAUGUUAAUCAACUCGCUUUCUUCAUCUGAGAUGAAAACUAAUCGAAUCUCUCGAGAGUGACCUUAAUCGAGCUACGUCUCGGAUGACCUUCUAAAUGAAGGAGUCAUAUCCUGACGAAAUUAUGCUGUGUUUCGUUCAAGGUUUCGGAAAUGGAUGUGAACAUGGAUACAAUAAGAGUAGAGAAAUUACCGAAUGCAAUGAAAAUGCAGGAUUGAGGUUAUCUAAAAGGAGGUCGCAAGCUAAAAAGGUGUCAUUACAAGUGCAGACAAAUCUGGAAGUGAUUGACUCUGUCGAGGAUGUGGAACUGCGGCCAAAGAAGUCUCAGUCGCUGGUGACUGGCAAGUCCCUGCGUCUAUCGUCGGGGGACAGGUUGCUUCGACUGCCGGAGGUCAAGAGGAGCCUGAGUGACCGGUUCUCAGUUAUUACUGAUGCAAACGGGAAGAGGCCCAGUAAAAAUCUUCUGACUAUUAGAAAGACAUGGUCAACCGGCAACUUCGCAUCGGGCGCAGCGGGUGGCGGGUGCGGCGCCCCUCGCUCCGCCCCCGCCACCCCGCUGCAGCUCGACCCUCACCCCCGCACUAAGCAUGACAAACAUGUAGUGAAGCCACUGUCCGGGUCGGCGCCGUCCGUGCGCGUGCCGGCCGACGCCGUGGAGGCGGAGGGCGGCAGCAAGCAGCCCAGCAAGUCGCGCCAGAAGAAGUUCCAGCGGCACUUCCCGCAGGUCGGGCCCGAGGAGCGAGUGCUCAACUACUACUCAUGCGCUCUGGUUGGAGACCUGCUGCUGCAGGGGCAUCUCUACAUCACCAAGAACUACUUCGCUUUCUAUUCCAACGUGUUCGGAUAUGUCACCAAGCUGCUAAUACCAACGACGUCAGUGCUCCGCAUCACGAAAGAGAAGGUGGCGCGCAUCAUCCCCAACGCGGUGGGCGUGUGCACGCGCGACGAGCGGCACGUGUUCGGCUCGCUGCUGUCCCGCGACUCCACCUACAAGCUCAUGACGCACGUCUGGAAGGCGGCCCGGAUCCCGGAGCGAGCGCCGCCCACUCCACAGGAUUUACGAGCGUCGGAAGUGGAGCUCGACGCAACGGAUUCUCCCGAAGACGACAGCAGCAGCGCUGGCGGCGACCACACGCCCGCCCCUCCCGUCCGGAGAGAGUCAGAAGCGAUCAUCACCUCAGCGGGCGCCGCGGUGAUCCAACCAGCCCUGCUAACCGGAGCACCCCUUCCUCGUCGAGCGGCACGCUGCGGCCGACUGCUGUUGCUACUGCUGGCGCUAUUGCUGGCCUGCUCUGCCGCGCUGCUCGCGUAUAGGUUGCAUCGUGUCACACAGGAUGAGGAUCCUCUGUCUGCGUUGUCGGGCGAGCAGCUGUACGGAGAGCUGGUGCGCUGGCGCGCGCGCCUGCACGGCCGCGCCGCCUCCGAGCUGCACGCCUUCCUCACCACCAACCUGCUGUUGCUCACUAAGGUGCGACAAUCUCUAGAAGCGCUAUCGGGCGUGAUACUGACGGACAUGGCGCACACCACCAUGAACGACGUGCCCAACGAGACCGCCUUCAGUUAGCCUCCGGGCGCGCCUCCCGUCGGCACAUAACAGAACUCGAGGUCAGAACGGGCCGCUACAACACGUAUGGAUAGCUCCAGUUUCGAGCAAGGUCAGAUGUAAAAACUCAAAAAGCUCUAUAGACAUCUAUUUUAUCUGCAGGGUUGAAAAAGAGUCUUCUCUGGUUUAAGUUUCAGAAGAAUGUUGCUCAGAAAACAUAUAACAGGUCAAAAGGGGCCCAAGUAAACAGCGACGAUUAGAAAAUCAUGGGUGUUUUUGGGAUCACGAUUAAAUAAAAAAAAAUAUUGCGAUGGGUGAUCUAGUAAAGCAGUAUAUCGUGAUCUCAAAAAAUUACUGAUAAUAAUAUCCUGGGCGAAAUCACGAAAAUGUGGACGAAGGAUGAAGUUUCAUUUUGCAGUCUUCAUUCAAGAAGACCUAGACUGAUGGAUUAUGUGGUAUUUUACGCUUACGUUUAAGGGCAGGCUGACUGCCGUGUUAUUUAUUUGUAAAUUAAUAUAAUUUAUUUUUAGAAACCAGUAUGUGUCGCAGGUGACACCAUUUUUUUUACAAAAGCAUUUCUUUUUUAAACAAAGCGUGCAGACUUGUUCUUUAUCCGAUUAAGAAUAUACGCACGCAGAAUUUAUUUUCAUGUAGUGCAAUAAAAUGUAUUAAGAAAAAUAGAAUAAUUUUGCCCUGGAUACUAACACCUAUCCAAAUCCAUCCAUUUAAUACGUAUAACUUAACAAUAAAAAUAGACUGUUGAAUAUUAUUAUUAUGAGACAGUCCGAUGGGCGUUCUUUUUCAGGGCAAAAGAGAUUGGUUAUUUAUUACAGUAUUUAAGUUGUUAUCAAAACAUAUUCAUUGUAAUUACUUAGCCCUUCUAUAAUAUUUAAUUUAUAAAAUAUGUGAUUAUUCAUGUAUGAUAGUAUAGGUUAUUGUAACCAGUUUGGAUGUCUUCAAGGCAUUGUCUACGUCAUAUUUGUGUCAAACACAACAUUUAGAUAAGGGUAGGGUGUUUGGGAUAUCAUCAUAGUCACAAUUAGACUGUUUUACCGUGUCGAACUAACUGCUUCACACACUAGCUUCCUAUAUAUUGUACAUACCUACACUGUACGUGUACGAGCUUCAAAUUCCCCUAAAUCCCGAAAAAAUGUCCCCGUCGACAUUGCUACACUUAUGCUAACAUUCCCAACCAUAAAUAUUAAAAUAACUAACGUCUUCUAUCGAAUUCAGUCAAGCAUGCUGUAUUUCUAAAUUCACCAUCAAUACAAGCAUUGGUUAUAUUGCGAUAAGUUGUCAUCAAACUGAUUUUAAUUUCUUCCUUUCACUUACCAUUGGUAUGAUUUUCUUAUCAAAUAUACAGUUCAUUAGACAUAUUAAUUUUAGCUUGUUAUGAGCGUUAUAUUGUCACUGAUUUUCUACUAUUUUUAUACUUCUUUGUACGUACAUAUUUAUAUUUUUUUGCAUAACUAAUACAAAGUUCAGUUCGCCGCGGUAUAUAAAUGGAAGAGCAUUUACUGUGUAAGUAAUUGUGAAUGUGAUAGAUCGUUAGAGCGAGGUGCUAGUAAUGUUAGGAUAGGACUACAGACAUUCCCACAAGGCAAAUGUAUCAAUAAAUGACGGUAUACUUAAUUAACUUACUACUAAACAAUUCAUCCAAGUUUUUAUCCUUUUAACCCAAGUAAUUGUAUUCCUUAUUUCAAAGUUAUUACAUAAAUAAUUUAAAGAGCAUUAAAACUGUAACACAGAACUGUCGUUCUAUAAAAACAAAAUGUACGAAUACAGUUACAGUGAGAUUUCUCAUCAAAACGACUUGGGUAAAUUUAUUUACGGACAACGGGGCUCACAUUUGAAAUUAUUAUCGAUGUCCAAAUAUCAUCUAUUGUAUUAAUUCAAAACGUAGAGAAGUUGUUCUUUAAAUAUAUAGUUUAGUCAGUACUCGGCCAUCGCAAAUGAUUUCGGGUUGAGUGUUCGCAUUUCUUGCCAAUCACGAUAUUGAACUAUUCAUAAUUAGUAAAUCUUGUUAAUUAAAUUCACCUUUAUUGAAUUUGUCACCUAACAACAAAAACUCAUCAAAUCACAGAUAAAAAUAGGUACAAUGUACACAUAAUAGACUCAGGCCAGUCAGUUGACAACGAUUUUGAUACCAUAGCGCGUGCACUUUAGUUUUAAAUAUCAUACUUCUAUCAAACGACGCGAAUGCACAGUCUGGCCUAUCAAAAACGUUGUCAACGUACCUUCAUCUGAUUCUAUCUCGAUAUCAUACGUAAAGGCGAAGAGUGAUCAAUCAUCAUUUGCUGUUUAAAUCUUUGUUGUCAACCAACAUAAUGCAUUGUCAAUUUGUCAUCCUAUGUUUAUGAUGAAGUUAAAAAAAAAAAUAAAAUAAAAUAAGUUGAUAAACAGAAAAGUUAAAUAAGUAAUUUUCGACAUGUUUAUUAUCUUUUUAUAGUGAAAUGUUAUCUCCUGUGUAAUUAUACUCGGGCUAUAUGCAACGGUUAUUCUAGUCUUCGGCGAAGGAGCUCAAGGUGCAAAUCGGUGAGUUACUUGCGUACUUAUUGUUAUAUUUACUUUAACCGACACAAGCAAACUGUUUGUUUGAUUUGACACUAAUCAGAAUAAGGCAGUAAUCUGAAAUUAAUUGUCCUAUUUCUUUUUGGUCGAAUUGAUAUAAAUGAAUCAGAAUUUAAGGCAAAAAUAUGACAUACAGGUCUUGGUGGAAUAAUAUGUGAUAUUUCUCUUGAGCAGCAUUUCUCACACCGAUAUCACGUAGCUAGACCGACUUUACCUUUUUGCAGACAUUUAUUUUGAAUAGUAAUUUAAAAUGACUGACUGUGCUCUAUAAUUGUCAUAUUUUUGUCCUGACAACGGUGCAAGAAAGGUGCAUUUUGAAAACGGGUUUAUUGUUAUAUCUUUAUGUACAUAGCUCAUGAAUACUUGAUUUUCCUAAAAUAAGUAUAAGUGUACACGCCCUUUGCAACAAUCGUGAAUUUUAAUGUUAUUUAAUCAUUUAGUUACACUAUAAUCAAGCGCUUUCUUCUAGUUAUACUUGGUGUAUCUGUGUUUAGCGAAUCACUGUUGGUUUCGUAAGAUGUCGCUCACGGGGACGUUACGGAAGGCCUAAUUUUGUUGUACUAGGUUACCGCAGUGCCAAAGUCUAUAAACGAAACAGUUACCUGCUGCACUGGGCUCUAACAUACUUGGGUUUGUAACUGUUGAUCGAUUUCAAUAUUUGAGCGGUGCCCUAUCACAAAGUUGAGAUUUUUUUGACAGUUAAUGAUUCACGGUUCGUUUCACUAGGCUUAUAUUACAAAUAUUUGACCGUGGUUACCUUUUUAUUAUUUUCCAGCUUCAGAUAUUUCUAUGCAUAGGGCUGAAACUGAGUAUAAUAACCGCCUUUAAUUAGGUAUAUAUUUUUUAUAUUUUCGAGUUGGUAAAAUGUCUUUCGGGUUCGGGUGGAUUUGUGUUGACGUUUGAACUUUCAAUAAUCAUAAUUGAAAGGCGCUUGACUGUAUUUGCCUAUAUAAUCGGUUGCAUUUGUUUUUCAAAAUAGAAAAACAAAUGCCGAACCCAAUUUGCACAAAAACGGCUAGACAUUUUGACAACUAGCAACAUUUUCCAGUUUGUUCUUUGUAAUGACAUAAAAUCAAAUAAACUUUGUGAUCAGGGCACAGUUAUGUUGUAACUUGAUUGUUAUUAAGGAUCGCUUCAAUUCCAUUCAUUCACACGAGUCACGAAGGAGGAAUCAUUAAUAUUGCCAAAGACAAAACUAGACUAGUGGAAAUAUCAAAAAGUAGCUUAGUGAGGUUUGUACAAUAGCUAGGUUGUAGGUAGGAUGAUGUGAUUAUUAUUAUUUUUGAUUGUGACAUUUUUAGCGAAAUGUACCACUUUGCAAAAUAUUAACAAAGUCGACUUUGCACGUUGUUUUUAAUUUACACAGUGCUACAUUUUGACUGGAAACUUUUUGAUGCGGUCGGUUUUAGUGGGUUGUAAGUUUUUUAAUGUUCCUGUUAAAUAAAAAAUGAAAUGAGACAUUUUAAAUUAGAUAUUGUAAAUUAAAUUAAACACAUCAUGCAUCAAUAAAAUUAAUACAAAUUGAAUAGUUAUUGGCAGACAUCGUAACUUUUCCAGAAAUUUCGGUGCAAUAAAGGAAUUCAUUCAUGCGUUUUCUAGGUGGAUGAUCAUAUAAGGUUCAUUUUACUGUUAUUAAUCCUAAUUAACUGGACAUAUAUAUUCCCCGAAGUUGCUGGAAAAGUUACGAUGUCUGGUUAUUAAUGGCAGCUCACUAAACCCAGACAAGCAUAGUGCAAUGUAUUACAGUACAUGUACUGCAAACGUUUUGUUGUGUUGGUUCGUUUCUACAGCGUAGGAAUUGUUACUUGGUUGUAUGUUCGAUAUUUUCUGUAUCUGUUUGGAGUUGUGAUUCGUUUAUUGUUUGUUUAUUGUAAAUAAUAGAUAAAUGAGUUUAUUGAAUA